GGCACCAGCAGAACCGCACUCUGUCACGGACAAACUGGGAUUAACAAACUCAUCGGCUGCUGUGUCCACAGAACAAGAUGAUUAAGCUGUUAUUGCUUUACCUCUUCUGUAAGGCAUCAUCAGCAGGAGUCCAUAUUUUACAAGGGAUAGUUUCCUGUGUCUGGGAUGAGGAGACUCAGAAGGUUUCUUUUGAUUCUCUAGUAGGUUAUGAUGGAGAAGAUUUUCUUGCUCUGGAUUUGGAGACACUGACAGUGAUCCCUUUACAACCACGAGCCAUCCCAGUUAAACAGACAUGGGAGACUUAUAAAGUUGGAAAGAUGAUCGUUAAAAUGAUUGCCCUGGAUAUCUCUGUGGUUUUUAAGCUAUUAUUGGACAAAGGGAAGAGCUUUUUGCUAAGAACAGAGCAACCCUCAUUGUCGCUGCUGCAGAAGUCUCCUUCCUCUCCAGUCAGCUGCCACGCUACAGGUUUCUUUCCCAGCAGAGCCCUCAUGUUCUGGAGGAAGGAUGGGGAAGAGAUUCAUGAGAAUGUGGAUCAUGAAGAGAUCCUUCCAAACGAUGAUGGAACAUUCCAGAUGAGGAUUUACCUGGACAUUUCCUCGAUCAGUCCUGAAGACUGGAGGAGGUACGACUGUGUGUUUCAGCUUAUUGGCAAAGAGGAAAAAAUCAUCAAUCUGGAUGGAGCAACUCUAAGAACCAAUAGAGAGAGCCCCAGCAACAUAACCCUCCCCAUCAUAGCUGCUGGGAUUACUUUGGUUCUUGUUUCCAUCGCCGCUGCUGUUGGAUAUGUGGUUAACAAAAAGAAAAUAGCUCACGAGAAUGGCAUUGAACUCACUGAGACGCUGAAUCCAGAGAUCUGAAGAAUAAUCCAUUGCUUGAUUUCAUGAAGUCUGGCCUCCUGCUCCUGCCACAGUCCUUGUGCCUUCUCCACCGACUUGAUGCCUACAAACUUUGAUUCAGUUUUGCCCUGGUGACUGAAUCUGACAUAAACUACAUCCUACUCCUUCACAGAACUGUCUUUGGAGCCAUCUGUGGUAAUGGAGAGAAAUUUUGUGUUCUUUUCUCUCCACCUCUGCUAUAUAGUUCAUAAAGACUUUGGCCUGCUUUUCAUUCCUGUACGUUGAUCCCACAGCAAUGCCCUUUUUGUUCCUCCAAACUGCACAAAAGAACAAAAAGUCUAAUAAAAAUAAAUAUACAAUCAUGUUGUUCAAUUCAAUCGGUAGCUUGGUAUUUCUAUUGAAAAGUC